CAUCAAACAAAAAUAUUGUUCAUAAAAAAAUUCUCCUCAAUAAAAUUUUGGCAGGCAGAAAAACUAGCACUUUACAGCUUCUCAAUUGGGCAUCAACACCAGACAGUCACAGUUCUUUCAAAACUCCACAACUAGAUCGCUGGUGAAAUGUACGCACCCUGCGCAAAAGUCUGUCUGCUGGAUGAUCGCGAUGCUAAAACAAAGCUUGCCCGUACGGUAAAAUUCUACAAUGGUGUUAAAGUACCCAUUGUAGGACUCGGUACUGCAGACUUAGAAGCGCACAUUGCAACGCGUUGUGUAAAGGACGCCAUCGAUGCUGGCAUACGGCAUAUAGACUGUGCGCCGAUCUUUUGCAAUCAAGAGGAGGUGGGACAGGCAAUAAAGGAGAAAAUCGAUGAGGGUCUCAUAAAAAGAGAGAAUCUUUAUAUAUCCAGUAAACUUUGGGAUUCUCGACAUGGGCCAAAAUGGGUGCGCCGCUCAUUAGAAGAAACCCUAAAACAAUUACAACUUGAUUAUCUCGAUAAUUAUGUCAUGCACACACCUAUGGGUUUCAAAGAUGGGUUUGAAAAUUACCCGCGCAAUAAUAGAGGUGAAAUCUUAUUUUCGGACAUCGAUUAUGUAGACACCUGGCGAGCAAUGGAGACUUUGGUUGACGAUGGUCUUGUACGUUCGAUUGGUUUAGCCAAUUUUAAUGCGGAACAAAUCGAACGCAUACUGGAUGUGGCACGUAUACCGCCAGCAAAUCUACAAGUGGAAUGUCAUCCGUAUUUGACCCAGAAGAAAUUAAUGGAUUUAUGCUGUAAGCAUAAUAUCGUUUUUAUGGUUAGUAAUCCCACCGGUCCAAGAAAGAAAAAUGCCAAUAUCUUACCACUUAAGAGUAAUCCGAAAGUUUUGUGUUUGGCAAAAAAAUAUGGUAAAAGCGCAGUCGAGAUAUUAAUCCGUUAUCAGCUGCAACGUGGCAACGUUGUAAUGCUCAGAACAACUCAAAAAGAUCACAUGAUACAAAACGUAAUGAUUGAAAGUUUUAAACUAUGCCGGAAGGAUGUGGAAAUACUUGACUUGAUGAAUUGCAACUUCCGAAAUAAAACACUUGCUUACGCCUCUGGACAUCCACAUCAUCCUUUCGAAAAUGAUUGCAUUUGAACUUUCACUCAAACUUCGAAAAUAUUUAGGAAAUAUCAACUACCGCUUUUGGACAAAUAUGAUUGAAGUAUUUUUAAACAUUGAAUAAUAAA